UCAAUAGCGGACGCCAAACCAAAUCCAAGCUCAGUCUCAAGCUGAACCUCGACCGGGCAGGAAGAAGGAAACUUGACGUGUCAUUUUCAACGACAUUUUACACAACCACUCCUCCACUCGAUAUCUUCUCGACACAUCCUCACCUACUUUUCACUAAGAAACAUGGCUGAUGAAGCAGAGCCCAAGAAGCGAGGACGACCAGGUCGUGCCGCCGCAGUAACAAAGGAGGUGAAAGCAGCCGUACCCAAGGCGGAAAAGAGGAAGGCACCAGCCAAGGCUGAUGGGGAAGGUGGUGGUUCUCCAGCAAAGAGGGGCAGAGGCCGACCAAAGGGGAAGAAAGGAAAGGGAAAGGCUAAGAAGGCUUCCACCGGUGGGGGUCGCGGUCGAGGUCGCCCAGCCAAGAAGGCACCAGCUGAAGAGGAAAAGGACCAGUCCAGCGGGGCUGAUGAGCCAGGCAGCGAUUAAACUACUACUCGAGAAAACAAGUCCUUUACUUGACUUACCCCGUAGUUAAUUUGUACUUUUUAUUAAUUAUUACUGUUAUUAUUAUUAUUAUUAGAUGAUAAUUAUAAACAACUUUACCGUCACUAUUCUUUGAAUUGUUAGUCGAACAAGAAGAUGAAACGAUUUUAGCCAAAAAUGAACUAAUUAUUAGGUUGUUAUUUUCAAACAACAACAUUGUUACUACAUUUUACAGUACAAGACGACACAACAACUAGUUCUUUAUUAUACGCGUUGAUUAUAUACUUUGUUGUCUCAAUUUAGAAAAAAAAUAUUUUACAUCUUUUGAAUGUGAACUUGAGAUUUCAUCUUGAAUAAAAGAAUGUGUGCCCUUUAAAAUCCAAA